CGAGUAGCCACCGGCACCGUCCCAACGGACGGCGAUUAAAGGCCACCUUAAAAGCGCGUCGUCUCCCACCGCUCAGCUCCCUCCCUCGCGAUUCGAUCCAUCACCACCGUCUCGACCGGCACGACCCAUUUCCGUCGGCGGCGCUGCUCGCUUUGCACUGCCAGCACGGCGGACGUCCCCGGCGCGAGCGCGCAGGUAAGCAUGGAGCGCAUUGGCGAGGCCCACCAGGUGCACCAGCUGCAGCAGGUCCAGCAGCAGGGGGUGGCGGCGGCGCCGUCGUUCGGCGUGGUCGAGCACUCUGUUGUGGCGGCGGCGGCGACCAAGCCGAGGGCGCCGGGGCUGCCGCCGACGCCGCCCGCGUCCUUCGCCGGGCAGCAGCGCGGUGCGGGCGGCGACGUGUGCAUGGACGACUCCUCGGGGGCGGCGGGGCGCAAGCAGGUCGUGCCGGCGCACCGCCGGUCUCGCAGCGAGGUGCCGUUCGCGGGCUACUUCCCGCCGCCGACGCAACAGCUGCCGCAGCCCAAGGCGGAGGCCGGCGGCUGGGGCGACGGCACCGGCGGCGACGACCUGUUCAGCUCGUACCUGAACCUGGAGGGGAUGGACGUGCUCAACUCCUCGUCGCCCGACAGCAGCGCCAAGGCCGACAGCAGCGAGAACGGCGACUCGGAGGAGUGCGCCGCCUGGGGCGCUGGCGCGGGCGUCAAGAGGAGCGCCGCCGGGGAGCCGGCCAUGGCCGGGCGGCACGCCCGGAGCCUGUCCGUGGACAGCCUCAUGGGGAGGCUCAACUUCGCUUCCCCCGGCGGCGGCGCCAACGGCGCGGGCGGCAUGUUCAGCCUGGAGUUCGGCAGCGGCGAGUUCUCCCCCGCCGAGAUGAAGAAGAUCAUGGCCGACGAGAAGCUGACCGAGAUGGCCCUCGCCGACCCCAAGCGCGUCAAGAGGGUGCUGGCGAACCGGCAGUCGGCGGCGCGGUCCAAGGAGCGCAAGAUGCGGUACAUCGUGGAGCUGGAGCAGAAGGUGCAGAUCCUGCAGACGGAGGCCACCACGCUCGCCGCGCAGAUCAACCUCCUGCAGCGCGACUCGUCGGCGGUGGCGACGCAGAACAACGAGCUGAGGUUCCGGCUGCAGGCCAUGGAGCAGCAGGCGCAGCUCCGCGAUGCUCUGAACGAGGCGCUGACAGGCGAGGUCCAGCGCCUCAAGAUCGCGGCGUUGGAGCUCGGCAUCGGCGACUCCUGCUCCUCCAACGGCAUGGCCCAGCAGCACAGCCUCAUGUUCCAGCACCAGCAGCAGCAGCAGCAGCAGGAGGCUACACCCAUACCAUUCUACCAACUGCAGCACCAACAACAGCAACAGCAGCAGCAGCAGAACGGCACAGCCAACAAGCAUGAAUCAAGGGAGUGAUGGCGAUGAUCGCAGAGGCAUUUAUUUGGACUAGAGAAGAGACAUUGCAGAUUGCAGACACCAAGGGAAAACUUUGGUUUAGAGUUGAACUGUGAAUCCAUAUGGUUUUAUUGACUCUUUUGUUUUAAUGUCAUCGUUAAUAAUCGUUGUAAGUUUUUCCAGGCGGUGAGCCCUGCCUGUACUUUCUUUUUCCUUCUUAUUAUGUUCAUUGAUUCUGUGGAUAUGUUACCUUUCAGUCACCAAAACUGGUGGAGCAGUAGUUGAUUAAUAACAUAUUCUUUUGUAGUA